AUGUCAAGCUCGGUGGUUUGGCUGCUCGUUUUGAUUGGUCAUGCUAGUCACGUGAUCACACAGUCUGGAAACGAUGCAAAACGUCUCUAUGAGCAGGUGUUCGUGAAAGAAACUUACAACAAAAGGAUUCGCCCUGUCGAAAAUCAAUCAAGUGCCAUAGAUGUGUAUGUCAAUCUUCACCUUCUGUCGAUCAACGAACUAAGCGAGACAGACGAGGUUCUCACGACAACAGCGUUUCUGUCUCUGAGCUGGAAUGACACGUUUCUGAAAUGGGACCCGCACACGUUUGGGGGAAUCAAGUUCUAUCAUUGGCCCCAGGUCUUUAAAUCCACGUGUUCCAUGGAUAUCUUCUACUUCCCGUUCGACUACCAGACAUGUUACCUUAGAUUUCAGGCUUGGAGUUAUUCGAGACGACAGGUGAAUAUGGAAAGUGGCUUCAAUGAUUCCAAAGGGUUCAAUCUUGAGUACUACGAAACCAACUCCGAGUGGGACAUCGUCAACACCAGUUGGAUAGUCUAUCGAGACAAACAAGACGCUGCAAUCAACUUCAAAAUGACUCUUAAAAGAAAACCUAUGUAUUUCAUGAUGUCCGUACUCUUGCCGAUAUGUAUGUUAUCUAUUUUAAACAUCUGCGUGUUCAUGAUUCCUGUUCACUCUGGGGAGAAAGCGAGCUACGCUGUCACUGUUUUCUUAUCCUUUGCAGUAUUUUUAACAAUAGUUUCUGACACCCAUCCACAAAACUCCGAAUCAACCCCCUUAAUCACGUCUUUUCUCGUCAUACAAACAACUGUAAGCUCUCUGACAACAAUACUGGCCCUUGUAUUCUCUCGACUGGAAAGCUUUGCAGAUGCAAAAGUUCCAAGUCCACUUGUAAAACUUAUGAAACUAAUGAGUUGUCGCCCAUGUCUUUCACAUGCUCGCAAGACUAAAGGUAAUGUGGUCGAACCAACGGAGGACUCAGGAAAUGCAACGGACACGCCUAAGAAAGGACCUUCUGUAAAUGUUGAUUGGACAGAUGCUGUUAACUUUCUAGACUUUCUAUGUUUUUUACUGUUUUCGAUUCUGUUUAUUAUGUCGAUUAUAGUUUGUUUUGCCUUGGCCACUUCAAAAGGUAGAGUGUAUAACGUAGAAUUCAACUACAACAGCAAUGGCAUGUACGAGCAAUAUGACAACAACGGGCGUGACGAUAGUGCAAACACGGAUCAUUCGGGAGAUGGUGAUUGGGAUAACUCUAACGAAUACUAUUAG